GGGAUGGCAUGAUCUCUGUGAUGCUCUCUCUGUUCGCGCCCAUGCACAGCUCGCUCCUCCGCAUCUCGUAUGUGAUGUCGGUGCAACACCAUGGACAGUGAUGAUCUUCACCUCGAAUGGAGAUGCAGAUAGCUAUGCUCUAUUUUUGGGCGUAGGAUUUGCUCUCAAUUGCACCCGUGUACCCUUGUCUCGUUUCUGGCUCCUUGUAUUCAGAAUCCCCACCUUUCGAUCCACGGCGCGGCCUUACAAUAUUCCUCUGUUACUUCAUCCGCCGAUCUCUUCGUCCUGUCUGGUCCAGGCUAAACAAUCCAUCUUUCUAGUGGUAGAUAUUCUUACUAUCGCCACAGCAAUGUCCCACAAGCCCAUCUGUCACUGCUGCACAGCGGCAGAGCUAAUCUGAACAUCCUCAUCACCCUGACAUGCUUUCUUCUCCUCGGCAUACCGUACAUAGUACGUAUGUACCCCUCAGUGUUCCACAUGCUCUCCACUCGUGCUGAUCCUAAUCAGACCUCUGCUUAUCCCUGCUACUCGGCUUGCUGGGAUCGUCCAACUGUACCUUGCGCACGCCACAAAACAACCUAUGUGUCCACCAGGUUCUAUUCGAGCAUUCACCUCAGCUCAUCUCAGCUCGUCCAUGACCACUGCCCGCCAUUCAGCCUAUCGCAACGGUGUACAUCCCACGACCGUCGCAGGCCAUCUCAUCUGUAGUGGUUUAUCAGUCACACCGUGCCUUGCUUUUAAAAACAAAUUAUGUGUAAAGAUCUGACACCAGAUGACGGUCCCUGCGCAAGAGCAAAACCUAAUGCUCGCCAGUGGCGGAAAUACUUGCGUCGAUCGAAUGGUUGUACCUUCAGCCAUGUAAAUUGAGUAAAUCAUCCCAGUAUCGUCGUCGUCGUCGGUGUCAGUUGAGUGCAGGCAGGCAAGGCUGUUGGCUCGUUGCUGUCACCAAUCUGUCGAAAACUGUCAGCGAAGUGGUGAUCAAAAAAAGUCACAUCGCAUUCCCAUCAUUACAUAUCGUGAUGAUGCCGCAGGCCCGAUCUCAACGUCAGUUGUCCAUUCCGUUAGUUGAUCACUCGUUCUGGUGGAAAUGCAAGUCCUUCUUGAGAUAUAUUGUAUCCUGUUCUAGUAGUUUGGAUCCUGUGGAGCGGGCCGAGCUUGUAAGCUUAGCUUUUGGGAUAUACAGUUACAGGCAACCGUUCUUCCGACUCGGGUUGCGAGCCAAGAGCAACUUCCCCGCUCCCUUUUGUUUUUCAUUGAUCCCAUCCGAGGCUAUACUGCCUCGCUCAUCCCGUUUGUGCAACGUUCGUCGCAGUAGCCUAUACAAUGUACGAGGACCAGGGCACUUUGCUUUUGCCCCUAACUGACGCCUAUACACCCUUAUCGACCUGAGAUGGGCGCAAUAAGAAAUACAUCAGGUGCUUGAGUAGAGCGGCCUAUAGACGUGGACAUUACAGCAAGCACCGCGGCGAUUAGAUAUCCCUUGCCAUGAUUCCGUGGAGUCGACGUUGGAGAACGAAGUUAUAAUAAUAUACUGUAUAUAUAGAGAACAGUCAGUCCAGAGCAGCCUAGGCAGCUACAGGAAGAGACGAGAAAUAAAGACGUAUCAGGAACAAUUGUCGGACGGUACUCAGGGGCUUCUAGGUCCGUGAGAGCUUCCUCUGGUUCUUGAUGUUUUCUUGUUUCUCGUUCGAGGAUUCAAUAUGCUUGAUUUGCUAGCAGUUCCGUUGUAGAUAGGGGGUGAUCACAGAAUUUGUUAUGUCGUCGAGAAACGAACGUAUGAUCUGUGGCGGAUUAGCGCUUAUAUGCAGCACGAGGUGCAAGUUCGAGGACGUUACUGAUCAUCGUUUGCGCUGCGGCUCGCAUGUGCGCAAUUUUGUAGAGGCGCGUUAGUCACCAGCGCUCUCCGGCUUCAGAGAGAGCAUUCUGCCACCCAUAUUAGGUACUGAUCAGACCAUCGUAAUCGAAAGUUCAUGAUACCGUCGUCAACGUUUUACACU